AUGAACUCCGACGUAACAAACCAAUUAGGAACAAGAAAAACACGAAUGAGAACGAUCACAAAAGAAACACGAAAAAAUAGAGAAAAAUCCGGUGAGAAAGAAAAAGAAAAUGAAGAUAAGCCAUUUACGGUGUUAUUGAAUGAUAUCAACGAACAAAUGAAUUUUGAUAUUGUUUCUUGUUUUCUCCUCAUUUUAUUCCAAAUUGUUUUCUCGAUUCGACCUCGUGGAAUUGGACUCAUUCGAUUACCUUUUGGUUUGUUUUUUUCUGUUUUCUAGAAAAAUACUUUUGAUUCUCAAAAAAUGUCUUUCUUUAGGUGUAUCUGAUCAUCGUUCUGGACCAUAUUUACCAAAUCUUUAUAUUGCUGGAAACAAAUUAUAUCACAAAGUUAGUUUAAUUUUCUGAACGUUUGAUUUGCUCAAAAGAGAGUCUUUCUCUAUUUUCAGUUACGUGAAGUUAGAAAUUAAAAACUUCGUGGGUGGUCCUCUAAAAAUUAAUGUACUUAUUUUCAGAGUCAACCUGUCCCUGAUGUUUCUCUUCCUGGACAAGAAAAACAUUUCUCCGGUCAUGCCCAAUUGAAUCCUUUUACACAUAUGAUCGGAGUUGGAACAAAUAAUGAUUUUGGUGAUUCUUGGGGUGCUGGAUAUGCACUUCAAGGUGUUAAUUUUCUUGGUUUGAAUUUGAAGAAAAACUAUAAACAAUAUGCAAAUAUGCCACAUUUAUUUACUGAUGGACAACAUCAACCAUUUCAAGUAGGGUUUUUGUAAACUGGAAUAAUGAAAUGAGAAUGAGAGGGAUUUUUGUAGAAUUCAUUCAUCGUUGGUGCUGAAAUUGAUUCCUCAAAAUUUGCAAGUCAUGCGAUUGCAUUGGAUAUUCCAUUACCUGGAUUAAAUGAGGUAUUUUAUUGGAUUUUUGUGAAAAUUUGUCAGAAGUGAAAUUAUGACUUCUUGCCAAAACUUUUUUCAAUUACUAUGCUAAUUAAGUAUUACUGUAGAUAAAUUUAUAGAAAAAACAAGUGUUUCUGAAAAAAUUUCAUACUUCAAUAUUUAUCCCAAAAAUUUUGCAGAUGUUUGAUUUUCAAGAAGAAACACUUGAAAAACACGACGAAGAAUUGACUGAUAUUUAUCAUACUCGAAUGAAUUUCCCAAUUCCAACAACAAAUCAAAGAUUUCCAUUCAAAGCGCAUUUCUUCGAACGAGAAAAUGAUAUCGAUUUGAAUUUUGCUCAUAUUAUUCCUAAUUUAAAUGUUCACGGAGUUCCAAGAGAACAGGUAUUUUUUGGAAACUUUUUCUUUAUGAAAUGUUUUUUUUUCAGAUUGUUGAUCAAUUAAUACAAAACAAAGCAAAUCCAACACUUGUCGGGUAA